AUGACCGAGAAACAGGAAAAGCGCGAACAACCCAGCGACAGCGACAGCCGAACGCCGUCAUCGGCCAACAGCAGCCGCGCCGUCGACCAGAAAUCAAAGUCGCCUGGAGGCUUGAUGGGAUUCUUCGCCAAGAUGGGCGAUCUGCCAGAAUGGGGGUUCCGCGGGAAACGUCUCGAGGGCAAGCUGCUCAACUGGAGUAUCGGAUUCAUCGCGUCUUGCGGUUUCUUGAUGUUUGGUUAUGAUCAAGGUGUCCUUAGCUCGCUUCUGACUCUCGAUGACUUUCAGAGGAGCAUUACCUUGAUGACGCCCCUGGACCAGUCAAACGCCCUGUGCUGGCUCGACUACCCCGAAAAUACCCAGCGAGACUACAGCCAGUGCACCGGUGAUCCGAACACGCAGGCCGCAGCCGUGGCCGUCUAUCAGAUUGGUUGCUUCCUGGGAGCUUUCCUGAUCCUCUUCUACGGAGAGACCUGGGGUCGCAAGUCGUCCACGUUCUGGGGUACGCAUGAAUACGGGCUGUUUUCAGCCGGAAGAAUAAUCGGAGGGGUUGGAAAUGGAAUGGUCACAUCAACUAUCCCAACGUGGCAAUCGGAAUGCGCUCGACCUCAUCAGCGCGGAUUCCUCAUUACCCUCUCUGGCGCUCUCAUUUCUGGUGGUAUCAUGAUUGCAUACUGGGAUUACGGAUUCUACUUCCUUGAAGGCACCAUCCGCUGGCGGUUCCCUGUAGCUUUCCAAUCAUUCUUCACCAUCAUCGUCAUGAUUGGACUCCUCUACCUUCCAGACUCGCCCCGUUGGCUAGCCAUGAAGGGCCGUAUGGAAGAAGCUCGUGAAGUGACGUCUCGCCUUCUUGGUAAACCCAUUGAUGACGAGGAAGUCACUCUCGAAGUCAAAGCCAUUCAGGAUGCCCUCGAGGUUCAGAGCCAAGGUGGAGGUUUCAAAUACAAAGAGCUCCUGACAAACGGCCCUUCGCAAAACUUGAGGAGGACUCUGCUCGGCAUUGCCGCACAAUUCUUUCAGCAGAUCUGCGGUAUCAAUCUGAUUACUUACUAUGCUGGCUUUUUGUUCGAGAAUUCUCUUGGCUUUGGUCCCGAACUCUCUCGACUUCUCGCCGCUCUCAACGGCACCGAGUAUUUCCUAGCGUCACUGGUUGCUUUACCACUAAUUGAGAGAACCGGUCGACGCAAGCUGAUGCUUUUCGGCGCAUUCGGCAUGAUGGCAUCAAUGGCGAUCCUGGCCGGCACUGUCUCAACGGGCACAGUUGCAGAUAACGGAGCCCCCAAUCUCGAGACUCGCUAUGGUGUCACCGCAACAGUCUUCCUCUUCGUCUUUAACUCAUUUUUCGCUAUCGGCUGGCUUGGAAUGACUUGGCUCUACCCUGCCGAGAUCACGAACCUACGAAUCCGCAUCCAAGCCAACGCCCUAUCCACCUGCUCCAACUGGCUUUCCAAUUUCCUGAUUGUCAUGAUCACGCCCCCUGCUUUUGCAAACUUGGGCUAUCAGACAUAUGUGAUGUUUGCGGUCUUCAACGCCGCCAUCAUUCCCUGCGUGUACUUCUUCUUCCCUGAACCCAAGGGGCGGAGCUUGGAGGAGCUUGAUGUUAUCUUCGCCAGCGCGCACGCCGACAAAGUCAACCCUGUCAAACGCGCCAGAGAGAUGCGUCACGUUGAGGGGAGAGAGCUUGAGAACGAGCUGGAAAAGUAUUUUGGCUCAAUUCACUCGAUACAGCAUGUCUCUGGCGGCCAGGUCCGUCCUGAAACCCAACUCAACCCCAGUUCACUUCUGACUACGAUACUAGGAUUCCCUCGAAAUAAUCCGAAACAGUUCGUCUUCUUCAUUUUCACCAUCUUGCUAUCUUGGAAGCUAGAGAUUUACAGCAAACUAGCAACGCCGUUUUAUGACUACACUGCAGGGGACUGGGCCACGAUUUUCCAGUACACCUUCGUCCUUCGCUACACUCGCCUAUUCUGCAAUAUCUGGGGAAGUUGGCGGUACGAGCCAUCCCCCGUUCAGGCCUGGCCGAAGUGGACCAACAGAGACGUCACCGUGAUUCUCCCCACGAUUGACCCAGGUAACGUAAAGUUUGUUAAAUGCAUCAUCUCCGUACUCGAGAACAGACCAGCGGCCAUUCUCAUCGUCACCGUCGGCGCCAGAAUGCGCCGUCGCUGCGAGAAAGUCGCCAGGCGCUACAAGAAACUGUACCCUUCCACAAGAAUCGGUGUGAGUGCCAUCCUCCAUCCCUCGAAGCGACGUCAGGUGGCCCACGCCGUACCGCACGUCGACACCGAAAUCACGAUCCUCGCCGACGACCACGUUUACUGGCCCAGCACCGAAUUCAUACCCUCGGUCCUGGCCCCCUUCGAGGACAACAACAUGGGAGUGGUGGCGACAUACAAGCGCGUGCUUCGCACGACACCCGGUAAGUGGUCCGUCAUCUCUAUUGUCAACCUGAUCGGAUGUUUCUACCUCCUUCGCCAUAACUGGGAGCUACGCGCCUCCAAUGCCAUCGACGGAGGCGUCUUUGUCGUCUCCGGCCGCACCGCCGCCUACCGAACCAAGCUCCUCAAGUCAAUGGGUUUCAUGGACAGAUUCUGCAGGGAGCGUUUUUUCUUUGGUCUUUUUGGCGGUAAAGGUCUCGGCCCCGACGACGAUAACUUUCUCACCCGCGAAGCGUACCGACACGGUUGGAAAGUCAAGUUCCAGCAGACCGAAGACAGCGUGGUCGAGACGUCGCUGGGCGACGAAAAUGCCGUCAAGUUCCGGGGCCAGCUAGUUCGCUGGGCUAGAACGACCUUCCGAAGCAACCCGUGCAUGUUGAGGCGUGUCAGCGACGUUUACACCUGGAGAAUGCCAUACACCUACGUGGCGGUAUACGCAGCGGCCCUCUUCAACUUUGCUUUGUUCUGGGACGCAACUCUCUUCGUGUCUCUGUAUCUUUCAUGGCAUACCAGGGGUGUUUUCACGAGCGAGAUGGGCCUGCUUGCGCUUUGGGUCCUGUGGACCAAGACCAUCAAGCUCUGGCCGCACAUCCUUCGCCACCCUGCCGAUAUCCCCUUGAUACCAUGCCAGAUUCUCUUCGCUUACGCUCACUCUUUAAUCAAGGUUUGGGCACUCUUUACGUUCUGGGAUUGUGCCUGGCUGGGCAGGAACUUGGACGCUGUCGACGCGGAGUCCAAGGAGUUGAGGAAGGAACUGGAUAAGCACUUUACCUUUGCAUAA